AGCCCUCAUCGUCUUCCCUCCAUCAAGUCAUCCAUCCCUCAUUCUUGGUUUUACUCUUUCUAGACGUUUACCUGUUUCCUUUUCCCAAGGCCACCGUGACAGUUCUGCGUUCCACGUCUGCCUUGAUAUAGAAUAGAUCAGUCGGAGUGCAAUAGACGGCGCAAUAUGGUCGGACUCGUUUCAGCAGCCGGCCUGGUGGGCUUUCUAUCGGAGCCUGACACCGAGCUCAAGGUAUUCGCCCUGAAGACUUUGGACACUCAGGUGGACUCGUUAUGGUCCGAAAUUGCUGGAUCCGUCGGCCAAAUCGAAGCUCUCUGCGAAGACGAAUCCUUUCCUGAACGUGAACUUGCCUCUCUCGUUGCGGCUAAGGUUUACUAUAACCUACAGGAAUAUAACGAAAGUACAGUUUUCGCAUUGGGAGCGGGGCAUCUGUUCGAUAUUGAGAACGGCGGCGAAUUUGAAGAAACCAUCAUCUCAAAAUGCAUAGAUACAUUUGUGUCUAUAUCUGCGAUGCAAAAGAGCAGUCCAAAUGUCGAUGCGUCGGGUAAACCCCAUGUCAACACCUCGUUCCCUCAACAAGUUAAUGGAGCUGCAAGCACGUCAGCCGGUCUUACGUCCCCCAUUACACCAUUUUCGCAAUCUACGUUACCAUCCAAGUCUCUUCUAUCCCGCCCCGAAUCAUCGGCUGAUAGUAGCUAUCAGAGAGGUGAGAGUGAUGACGUUGAAGGCCCGACUGAGGUGCCACUUGUGAUUCAACGUGGAGUCCAGAAGCAGCUUCAAGCAGUCAUCAACCGCCUCUUUGAACGGUGCUUCCAGCAGAAGAGAUAUCGCCAGGUCAUUGGCAUUGCGGUGGAAGCAAAGAAUUUGGACAUUCUCCGAACGGCUAUAUUACGCGCUGCUGAAGAUGAAAAGAGCCAGGGAGGUGAAUCGUCACGUCGCGGGGAAGAAUUAAUGGAAUAUGUUCUCGGAAUUUGCAUGAACGUUGUGCAAGAACGGGCAUUUAGAAACGAGAUUUUAAAGUUGAUACUCGAGCUACUGAGCGAAAUUCCUUCCCCCGACUACUUUUCCAUUGCUAAGUGUGUGGUGUACCUGAAUGAGCACACUAUGGCCUCCGACAUUCUUCGACAGCUUGUGGAGAAGGGAGACGCGAGAUCUCUGGCAGUCGCUUAUCAGAUUUCUUUUGACCUGUAUGACAACAGCACACAAGAGUUUUUAAGGAAGGUUCGUCAAGAAGUGGCUGGAUUUUGCCCUGAGGACGACCCUACGUCGGAAAAUCCAGAUAAAAUGGAAGAAGAAGCAAAAGAAACGGAUGCUCUCCUUCAAGACAAGGACGAGGCAAAUGCUUCCAGUUCAGGGCUUGGAAAAAGUAACCUCUCAUCGGAGGCGCGUUCCGCGUUCACCAAUAUUCGCAACAUCCUAGACGGUGUUAAUUCGAUUCAGCUGAAUCUCGAAUUCCUUUACAGAAACAACAAAGCCGAUAUUGCGAUAUUGAAUAGGAUUAAGGAUAGCCUUGAAGCUCGGAACUCGAUUUUCCAUACCGCCGUGACUCUAUCGAAUGCAUUUAUGCACGCUGGAACUACACACGACAAAUUUUUCCGAGACAACCUGGAAUGGCUUGGGAAAGCUGUCAAUUGGUCGAAAUUCACAGCCACCGCUGCCCUCGGUGUUAUUCAUCGUGGAAAUCUCACACAGGGUCAGAAACUUUUGGCACCCUAUCUACCUAAAGAAAAUAUUGCGGGAGUGGGCAGUUCGGGUUCUGUUUACAGCCAAGGUGGAUCUCUCUAUGCUUUCGGUUUGAUCUAUGCGAACCACGAGGGUUGGGCUGUUGAUCUUAUCCGUGAGCAUUUCAACAAGGCAACCGAAGAAGUUGUCCAGCACGGUGGCGCACUUGGUUUGGGCGUUUCAGCUAUGGCAACCGGUGAUGAGGACAUUUAUAGGGACUUGAAAAAUGUUCUUCACACGGACUCAGCUCUAAAUGGAGAGGCUGUUGGUCUUGCAAUGGGGCUGGUCAUGCUGGGGACUGGAAAUAUGAAGGCUCUCGAAGAUAUGAUUCAAUAUGCACACGAGACUCAACAUGAGAAGAUUAUUCGAGGUCUUGCGAUGGGGAUGGCUCUCAUUAUGUACGGCCGCCAGGAAGCGGCGGACGAGCUGAUCAAUGGUUUGCUGGGUGACCCGGAUCCCACUCUACGCUAUGGCGGUAUUAUGGCCAUUGCUUUGGCUUACUGUGGAACUGGUAGCAACAAGGCCGUUCGCAGACUGCUCCAUGUUGCUGUCAGUGAUGUUAAUGAUGAUGUCCGACGAGUUGCAGUGAUGAGUCUGGGAUUCAUCCUCUUCAGAAAGUAUCACAGUGUUCCCCGAAUGGUCGAGCUCCUUUCAGAAUCCUACAACCCGCAUGUCCGGUACGGAGCUGCUAUGGCCCUUGGCAUCUCUUGCGCUGGAACGGGCCUAGACGAAGCGGUUGAUCUCUUAGAACCGAUGCUAAAGGACCCGACUGACUUCGUUCGACAAGGAGCUCUGAUAGCACUGGCCAUGGUUCUCGUGCAGCAGAACGAGAUCAUGAACCCCAAAGUCGGGACGAUCCGAAAGGCAAUGCAGAAAGUGAUUGGUGACCGCCACGAAGACGCGAUGGCUAAAUUCGGCUGUGCUGUCGCCUUGGGUAUCAUCGAUGCGGGUGGACGCAACUGCACCAUCAGCCUGCAGACACAAACCGGCAACCUCAACAUGCCCGGAAUUGUCGGGGCUGCCGUUUUCACGCAAUAUUGGUACUGGUUCCCGUUGACACAUUUCUUGUCUCUCAGCUUUACCCCCACCGCCGUUAUUGGUAUCGAUCAGAAGCUAGAGGCGCCAGUUUUCAAAUUCCAUUGCAAUACCCGACCUAGCUUGUUCGACUACCCACCCGAGCAGCAGGUCAAGGCCGACGAGGCCCCGGAAAAAGUGAAGACUGCGGUCCUCUCGACCACCGCGCAGGCCAAGCGGCGAGCGCAGCGCAAAGAAAGGCAACAGCGCCGAGAGAGCAUGGAUGUGGACCAAACGCCAACGACGCCCAAGGGGACUGGUCAGUCCCACGACAAGAUGGAAGUGGACGAAAGCCAGCCCAAGGGUGAGGAUGAGGGCAAGGCUGCUGAGAAAGAAGCCGAAACACCCAAGCGCAAAGUCGAAAAGGAGAAAGUGGGCUAUGAGCUGGCCAACAUGUCGAGAGUUCUUCCUGCGCAGCUAAAAUACUUGACGUUCCCUGAUCCACGAUAUGAGCCGGUGAAACGGCCCACUGGCGGUGUCACAGUUGUCCUCGACAAAAGUCCGUCCGAACCACGCGAGAUUAUGGAAUUGAAAGCCAGCAAGGACGUCCGGCAAGCCGCUGCGCCGCAGACGCUACAGGAUCGAAUCAACGCUGCGAUCUACGGUGCGGAAGGAGUUCAGGCAGCGGGUCAAGCAGAAACGGCUCCUCAAGUGCCUGCCGUUGGUGGCAGCGGUGCUGCGGCGGCGGCAGGAGUCUUAACCGCUGUAGACGAGGAUGAGGAAAGCGGCGAGGAAGCUCCAGUGCCCGAUGAAUUCAGUUACUACUCUGAUGCGGAGUGAUGAUCAAGUAUUUAGUCCAGCCACACCCUCCGGCCCACUCCUUAUUUUCUUGUUUGUCCCUGAUUUCCGCGUGUUAAAGAUUCGUGUGAUCCGCGGCCGAUCUUGUGUCUUUUUCUUUGGAUGUCUUUUUUACUCCAUAUUCUUUUUUUCAUCUUUCCUGAUAGCAUCCCAAGCAUCUAGAGAACCUCGUGUACUUCUAUUGUCUACUAGUAGUGUAUGUACGAAAUUAUCUGUGAACUCAUG